GGGUAUAUAAUGUUUCUUGGCCGUAAGCAAAUCAAUUUCCGUAAUAAAUAUUACAACUUAUGUAUGAGAGGACAGUUGCAAAUUCCGCGAGCGCAUUCUAUAUAACGUCAAUUGUAUAUUUCGUUCGAAUUUGUGUUGCAAAUGAAUCUGUGAAGUGUAAAAUUUCCAUUAGAACACAUGGAAUAACACUCCCCCGUCAAAGGAACAAGAUGGCUGCGAUCAUAUCCAGCUUCUUAUUUUGCGAUAUUGGUGCCGUUUAAUUGCUCGAAAUGAUAGAAUCGCCGCGCAAUUGGGUCCGUGCCUGCAAAGUACUUUGGAUGGGUCUCGUUCAGCAUGUGAAUGGACGCGGGAGCGAUCACGGCUCACCAUGCCGUUGUUAAAUGGCAGCAAACAGCGACGGUUAUAAAGAACUAUCGACGAUAUUAACCUGUGAAGGGGACCUGUCAGAUCCCAGGUUCCCUACACAGUUGAACUGUUUGGUGAAUAGUUUGAAUACUAUUUUGGGUGAAUUAGUGAAAGUACACAAACUGGAGCCCUGGAACUCAGUGCGGGUAACGCUGUCCAUUCCUAGGGAAGCAGCGUUACGCCUUAGACAACUCGCCAACGAGGGCUCCCAACAACUCAGGGCCCUAGGUAUACUAAGUGUUCAAGUUGAAGGGGAUCAAGUUAUUUCGUUGAGAAUAGCUACGGGUUCUGAGCCGCAGGAAAUUAUACUCAGGACUUCUCAAGAUGGUAGUAACAGUAAUAACAAUGCUAGCCAAUCGGAUCUCGGCACGUUUCUGCAGACCAAUGCGACAUCGGUAUCGGCUAGCAACAACAUGCAAGUGCAAUUCAAAUCGCCCAACGUGGUGUGCCCGCCCGACACGGUGGUGCCCAAAGUGGGCGCGAACACGGUGCCGCCCAACAACGUUGCCAGUACUAACAAGCCUUUCGCCGGUCCGUUUCCCUUUACCAGCAUGAAUCAGGCUAUCCACAGCAACCGCGACGCACCGUUCAAUUCCCUACCGCCCCCUUAUCCCUCCAAACAUCCACCCGUCACGAUAUCGAGCCCGCUGCUCGUUAAUCUGUUGCAAAACGACGGCGGCAAAGAGUCCGCUUCGGGCGUCGUCAAAACGACGGCCAUCGCCCGGACCUCGACCGAAGCGUCGUCGGCGUCGGCGGCGCCGGAGGCGGCGAAAUCUAUCCCUUCGACUCAGGCUAACAGCUCUUCAAUAUCACCAAGCGCCUUAGCAACUAAUACUUCCAUUAGGCAGAAUAGCACCGUAAUGACAAGUACAACCGGUGCGGUAAACAAGACUCCGCCGCCACCGCCGCAAUACCACAGAACGCUUUCGAAUCCCGGAAAGGUGAAACAAGCUGGGCUACAGAACGUCAACAACACCAUAUCUUCGCCUCUAUCGAACAGCUCGUUCGCCCAAAUGCCCCGUACAACACAAUCAACAGCCGUGCCUAUUCAACACAACAAUAUGUAUCAACAGCAACAACAACAACAACAACAGUUGGGAACAGCUGCUCUGUUGAAGAACGCCGCGGGUCAACCGAACGUUGGCCCGAAGCAUUUGCUAUCUCAAAAACCCGUUACCUCAGCCAACGCAUUCGCCAAGGGCGCCGCGCCGGCGCCGACGCCGAAGCCGGUUCCCAACGUAUUGAACAAUACUCAUCAGAAAUUGGCGCAGCCCAACGUGACGAUGGCGAAACCGUCGGCCGUCUAUUUACCGCAGCAAGUGAAGGCCAACUUUCUGCAUUCGUCGACGUCGAUCGUGUCGCAGAACCCGAACCCGCCCGCGUCCCACCAGCCGUUCAACAACGUAGCUUUAAGAGGCAUGCCCUCGCCGCCGCCGUACUCCGUCGCCGUGUCGUCGCGACAAUGGGACGCGCUGGUCAACAGCAACAACUCCCUCAUGGAUCUGACGCCGACGCUGACCGAUCUGAAGCCGGACGAUCUCGACGCGCUGUUGCCGACGCUCGAAGGCGAGCUGACGCGCAGCCCGCUGCCCGAUCUGCCCGAGGACUUUCUGGCCGAUCACGCGGCGGCCAUGAUGCCGGCCGAGCCGCCGGCGGCGGCGACGGCGGUCGACGACCAUCGGAAAUUUCUCAUCAAUCCUCUGACGGGUGAACUGGAACCGCAGUCGAGCGGCGAGAGCGACACCGAAGAGUUGAAGGACGUCUUCACGGGCCUACCCUCGCCGACGAACCUCUCGGACGAGGACACCUGUUCGACGACUCGACCCGACACGACGACCGAUCAGAGCGAUAGCGAAACGCGUUCCAGUGACACGGCGGCGGCCGCCGUCGCGGCGGCCGGUAAGCCGCAGCGGCUAAAAAACUCGAAGGCCAGAGAGAGGGGCAGAGAUUCGCCGGCGCUCAAGCCGGAGAAGAUCAAGCUGAGGUUGAAGCUGGAGAAAUCGGAGCCGAUCAAUGCCGCUUACAAAGUGGACGUUAGCUUCGUGAAUCAACAGCCGAAGAAAGGUACGGCGUCGCUGAUGACGCCCGGCGAGGAGCUCAGAGUGCCACCGUUGCACAUAUCGCUUAGAGGUAGAAAUUCCGCCGUUAUUAAGAACAAGAAUAAACUUAAUCCUGAUGGUACCCCAGUGAAAUUAAAGGUUAGAAAGAACCAAGACUAUCAGAAGAUGAAGAAGAACGAAGUAGGUGGCAUUGCGGGAGCGACGGAGGAAAGCGAAAACGUUAAUUCGUUGAUGAUGGACGUGUCGAAUUCUUCGAUGCUCGCCGCGAGACUCGCUACGAUCGAGCAGAAGAAGAAUAAAAAAUUGAAAGCUAUUCAUGAACAUAAGGAUGUAUUUGCUAGUCUGACCCAAGAGAGUGAUCUGAAGUCGAAAUUUGUGAUACACAACCACUACAAAGACAAACAGAAGGAGCGGCGCGGCAGCGAUUCGGAAUUGGUGAAAACGAAGAAAUUCCUCGACGGCUCGGCCGCCGCCGACGACAAGAAGAGACGGUUGAGCCAAUCGGAGCAAAUCGACGACGACCAGCCGGUGUUGGGAUCGACGAACGUCGGCACCAUCGCCGGUUUGCCGCAGAAAAAUAGAAAAGACAAAGUGAAAAUCAAAGAUGUGUUCAAGAAGGACGCCAACAAAAACAACAAGAUUUUCAGCAAGAAUUUCGCGGAGAAAUUGCAGGCGAAGACCGUCACGUUGCCGACGGCCGGCGAAAUGAACAUGGAGGCGAAAUUCAAGCAAGGUUUGCUCGAAGGUACCGGCGAAAAGGGCAUCUCGAGGCCGCCGCACAGGACGGAAAUCAUCGCGAAGGAAUCGGUUCCGGCGACGGAGAAAUCCCCCGAGCCGGACAAGUGCAACACGCCGAACAACCGGAAAUCCAUCGACGGCGUCGACAAGCCGUCGACGGUGUCCGUCGGAAACGGCAACGGCAACCGAUCGCCCAAUUCGGGCGGCAACCAGGGCGAGGACAGCGGCAUCGAGAGCAUGGACGCGCUGAGCGAGAAAUCGCCCAAUCAGGCCAGCCAAAGUCCGCACGCCGACAUUUUACCUCCCAAGACCCAAGUGCCUAACAUGCUGGACAUUGAGGCGCAAUUGGCCAAGAUGGAAGGACUCAACGGAGACAGCGAUAGAUUGGACGGUAUAGGUAAUUUGAGCGAAAAUAAAUGCGAACAGGACGGCGCCGCGAAGGAUGGUAUCAAGCAGGACGUCGACGCCUCUACUCUUCCUAAUAAUAAGCAAUCUGUCGAAACCAAUCAUACGGUUCAAAAGGCGAAAAAAGAAGAAGACGACUUGGAACCGUUGCCGGUGCGCGUCACGCCGGCCCUCUACACGUACUCGAAUCCGGACAAGUCGCGCGCCGUCAGUCCGGCCCUCUCCGACGACGACGUCGCCGCCGCCGCCGUCAACAGCGCGCCGUCGGGCAACAAGCAGAACAAGAGCCUGCUGGAGCAGCUGCUGAUCGAGAUACCCAACGAGCAGUCGUUGCCGAGCUCGCCCAGUCCGGCGACGCGCUCGUCGAUGCGCACCAGGGCGCUGUCGAAGCUCAACAGUCCCGAAUUGAAUUCGCCGGUGGCGACGAAGGCGCAACCGAAGGGCGCGCCGGCCGCCAAGAGGAAGCGCAACGAGUCGGACAGCUCGAAUCAGAGUUUGGACGAGACGAAGAAGAAAUCGAGGCGGGUCGCCGCCGCCGGCGAUGCCAAUCAAAACGCCGAUGUCUUGGUGAAGAAACCGAACGAUUCGUCGGCGAAGGCCAACAAUUUGAAGAAACACCUAAAGGCGCAAGCGGACGGAUCGUCCGACAGCGACGAGCCGAUAUCGGAGAAGGUGCGAAAGACGGCGUUGAACGCGCAGGCGAAGUCGAAGCCGGGCAAGACCGGCGGGCCGGGCAACGUUGCGAAUAACAACGCCGGAUCGACGACGAUGGGCGGCGGUACGGCUUCGUCGAAGGGCGGCGGCGGCGUGGUGGUGAGCACCAGACGAUCGGUGCGCAGCAACAUGCCGGCGCAGAACACUCGAAGCAAAGGAGAGAAUAACAAAGUGUCUGAUAAAUCGGAAUCGGAGGCCGGCUGCUGGGAAGGCAGCCACCUUGCCGAUUUCCAACCAGAGCAACAGCAACAGCACCAUCCUUCGGAGCAGCAGCAUCAGAAUCAAGUAAACGUAUACCAGUUUUCACCGUACAAUCAGUACGUGCGCGAUAUAUCGACGUCGACUUCGUCAUCGUCUAGCACGUCUUCAGGGACGUCUUUGUCGUCUUCGGACAGCCAAGGGGAAGAGGAGGAGGAGGAAGAAGAAGACGACAUAUACAGUACCAACGGAGAGGAGUCUUCGUUAUCGGAAUAG